AUGACUCUUAAGAUUAUUAUCUUGCGAAAAGCUCUUGUUGCACACUGCGCACUCAAAUGGUUUAUCUCCAGUUGUGAGUUCGGAGGUGAACCUUCAUAUGACUCACUUGUGAAAAACUCUUGUUGCAAACUACGCACUCAAAUGGUUUAUCUCCAGUGUGAAUUCGGAGAUGAUCCUUCAGAGUAUUCCCAUGGUGGUGCAUGCUGUCGGGAGGAUCGCCGUCUGCCGAUAGCCGGUCCGCCUCGUAUCGGCCCCGCGGUGAGUGGCUGGGACGACGAGAGAGCGAAACACGACGCGUUCGUGAGGGACGAUUCGAUUACCGGCAAAAAUUCGAAUGAGACCCUGGACACACUGCUGUGCCGGCCCGACCUGGGGCGACUGCAGAGGCUGCAGCUGCCGUUCGACAACGACCCGGACAAGCCCCGGAGGCAGUCGGCGUCCACCAUCGACGAGUUCUUCGAGUGGCCGCGCCCGCCGCCCGGGCCUCGGCUCGCGCCUCCAGGGUCCUGCUCGUCGACGCCCCUCUGCGACGAGGAUGUGUUCCUGCGGCCGCCCGCCCUGUGGGAGGACAUCACCUCGUCCAUCCAGAAGCUGGACCCGGACAACGCCGACAUGCUGGGGCUGGCGGGGCUGUCCGGCUCGCUGGCCGGCCCGCUCUCUAGCUCCCUGUCCAGCCUGUCCUCCAUCAAGAUGGAGGUGACGGAGGACCCCGGGCUGAUGGCCGAGCUGGCAGUGCACCAGGUGCCCGUCCAGCCUCCGCAGCUGGCCGCCCCCCAGCAGCACGUGCCCCAGCAGCUGCAACCCCACCCGCACCAGCUGAGGCCGCACCCCAUGCAGCAGCACCCGCUGCAGCGGUUACCCUUCCCUCCGCCCCCAACGCCGCCCGCGUCGGACCCCGGCUCGCCCAGCAACAGCGCGCCCCGGCGGACGCCCCCGCCGCCCUACCCCCGCGCGCCCGGUCGGGGGGCGGGCAGGCAACCUGGCCGACCGCCGGCGGCGCCCGGAGCAGGCGCCCCAUCCACACCAAAGUACAACCGGAGGAACAACCCGGAGCUCGAGAAGCGGAGAGUGCACCACUGCGACUUCCCAGGCUGCAGCAAGGUGUACACCAAGAGCUCCCACCUCAAGGCCCACCAAAGAAUCCACACGGGAGAGAAGCCGUACCGCUGCCAGUGGGCGGCCUGCGAGUGGCGCUUCGCCCGAUCCGACGAGCUGACGCGCCACUACCGCAAGCACACGGGCGCCAAGCCGUUCCGCUGCAACGUGUGCGACCGCUCGUUCGCGCGCUCCGACCACCUCGCGCUGCACAUGAAGAGGCACAUGCCCAAGGGCGCCAAGUGAGCAGGCGACAUGAAGAUGAAAUCGUGCGGGACGCUCACAAAUCUCAAGUGCGUGUGUAUGUGUGUGUAUGUACUUUUGUGUGUGUGAGAGAGAAAGAGUGAAUGUAUGUGUGUGUAUAGGUGUGUGAGUGAGUUAUGAGUGUGGCAAGACGGACAUGAUUUAUAAGGUUUUGUCAAGGCUGAAGAUCGCACAGAUUGGUGGAUGACGAAAUUUGCAGUUGUUGUUAUGAAUUAUUAUUUUUAAGGAAUAAGCAUAGGAUUUUAUUUUUUAAAUGUGUUUAUCGAAUAGGCGUCAAAGAAUGUCACUUGUUUUAAUUGUAAAUUUUUAAAUUAUUUUUGUACAAAUGAUUAGAUUAAGAAAGCAGUGGCCUGUGCCUUACCUGUCAAGAUGCCAAUUAAUACAGUAAGAAAAGUGAACGUUUACUAGUAAAUUUCUUACGAAAACUAUGGGUGACUACCUCUAACCAUUAAUUCAUAAGAUAUAGAAUGUUCCAAAGCGUUCUCCUGUUGUACUUAAGACACUCAAAUAGUUUUGACAAAUAAGUCUUGAAAAACGAUGAGCCUUGCUCCGCUUUUUUCAAAAUGCGAAUUUCCGUCCCAAAUUCUCUUUGAAAAAUUGUGUUAACUACAUAGCGGUUGAGAUGGUCGCAUGAUAUUGUAAUUCCAACAAUUUCAAGCGGGGAUAGCUUGAACCUCGGUGCAUUAUUUUUAAACAUUUCAAAGGGUUCAGUUAUCUAUUAUAAACCUUGACUGAACUACGAUGAACUGAAACAAUGAAGUUCAACAUUAGUUCAUAAAUUUGAACUGUAUGAGUAUAACUUUUGGAGCCUGAUUCCCCUUGAACAUUCCCCAUGAUCCUGCAAUUCAAACUUUUGUCGGAUGUUAUUUAUUUUUCUAAGUUCGAGAGUGUGCCAUUCCUAGAUUAAGUGAAAGACACGAAAUACUUCCUUAUCAACUGAGUUGGCUACACAGAUAUCGAUACAUAUCACCUACUGCAGUGUUAAAGAGGCCUUCCCUAAUUUAGUGUUUUGAGAAAUCUUUUAUCCCAUUUUGUUACAAAGACUAAGAUAAGUUUUCAAUUUUGUUAUAUGUUAUUUAAUUAAGCAUUCCUACUUAGGACAAUACGUGGCAACGUCAAUCUGGUGGUCGUAAAGCAAAAAUCAGUAAGAGGCAUGAGACUGCUAAUAACGGAAGUGAAAGGGAGCAGAAAAAAUUAUGACUGAUCGGCAUUAGAAGUGAGCAGCGCUCAGAUAUAGAGGAGACGCCCGCGCUCGCAGUCGGAAAACAAUAACUCUGAUCGGCGUUUGAAACAACGCCCCGCCACCGUGCGUCACGUCCGGCAAACAUAUUCCAAAAUGUUAUUUAUCGUCGAGGUCAUCUCGCGACUGAUUUAUAAUGCGACCGACGUAGUAGACAAGGGCUAGGAAGUCCUAGGGUAUUUCUUUUAAGACAAUUUGUGAGGUUAAGAUCUAGUGUCUUUUCUCUCUUAGAAACAACACAUUUGCUCUUCAAAUCUAAAUGAAUUGUAACAAGAUUUAACUGUUUUAACAGUUUUAACUGUAAAACUGAAAAGUUUUACAUUUGAAACAGUCAUCUUGUAAACAGUCAUCUUGUUACACAGUUUUAUUGGCUGAGUACGUAGAGGCCAAAUUUUUAUUCCUUUCCGCCCUUCUAAAGCUGCCUUUGCCUGAUUGGUAGUACUUAAACAGGCUGCAGCACAUGGGCCGGCCACCGUGAAUCCACUAGGGAUCGAAACGGACGGGGGGAAGGAAAGGAAAACGAGAAGAAUAGAAAAGAACGGUGGUCGUUGAGCGACACUCGGAGGAAUGUGGCACCAUGAGCCUCCGUGGCGGGGCGUAGCGCUCUGGAAGGCGUCCAGCUGGCCUACCCACAUCGCGUUUGCAAACAGCAGUGUACAUCUCUCUCUCUCUCUCUCUCUCUCUCUCUCUCUCUCUCUCUCUCUCUCUGUGCUCAGAGUGCAUCGUAGUAAAAUAGGAGAGGGAGCCGGCCACCGAGCACAUACCUCAGCACAUCUUCUCUGGACGCCUGGAGGACAGGGACACUGCACGCACGCGUUGCGCACACGCCCGCCACGCUACGCGUAUCAGCACCGAGACUGGCGCAGUCCAGUCGAGUGCGCAGAGAGCUCCCCGAGAGCAUUCUAAACGACUUUCAUUCAUCGCAAACGUCCAAUUAACAGCUAAAAGAUAGCGGAUCAAAAACAAUUUUCAAAUCCAGCAGCAUCUAAGCGUUCCUUUUUGGGGAGAAGCUGGUCGUUCCCCCGAAACCGAAUGGUGAAUAAAAAUCUUGGCCGCGAACUCGUUAAACAACGGUGGGUUGGCGCGCUUUGUUGUAGUGCCAACCUACGCGCACGCCACGGGCUGGCGGCACAGCUCGCCGGCCCGGCCAGGAGGAGGCUAUAUUUCACUGGCGUGGAUGCGGGCCGACCCGACGCCACUUUCCCCAACCACUUAAAAUAUUUUGAUUGAGGUGCCAAAUUCUCUUCAUUUUCGUUACAAAACUAGAUUAUGUGGGAUAUGUGUCAAGCUUAAGGCACUUAAGCGCCCACCUAUUCAUAAAUUGGUAAAGUUACAAAAUACUUAUAAAGGUUUAUUUUUCGCGUUACGUCGCACGUUGCAUAUGCACCGGGUAGACGCUGCCAUGUACUCUGUCCACUAACAAAUCUAUGUUAAUUUUGUUAUUGGUUUGUUAUUGUUAUGUUUAUUCUGUGUUCGCCAGCAGUGUGCCAUGAUUGCUGAUAUGUUUAUAUAGUCUCGCAAGAAUGCAAUGAGACCGGCCAUGUAUUUUAAUAUUUUCGUGUCAAAUGUGUCGUGCCAUGGUUGCUGUAUGACAAACGUGCCUCUCCAGAUGUGCCAGAUAAGUGAAGUGUGAUGCGUCAAAAUCGUACCUGCACAGCAUAAUGCUUUUGUUAACAUCAUUGCGUGGCAUAUUUAUUCUCUUCCAUGUUUAAGAAUAUGAAAAGAAGACCAGUGUUUUUUACUCUACGUUGUUUAAUUUUAAACGAUUUGAACAUACCAAAAUGUAAAUGUCGUUAUAGCUGUUAUACGAGAUCUUCAUUAAUUAUUAACUAACAUGUUGAAGACGAUAUGAUGACAGAGAGAGAGGACUCCUUCAGUAUUGUUACCUUGAUUUAUUUUUCCAGCAAUGUCAAUAUAUUUUUAACAAAAGAG